GCAAGGACUGAGACCCGUCGCCUGUCCAUAAAACUGGCGCACGCCUUCAAACGUUGUGGGAGCUACCGUGUUGCGUCCGGACCGCAAGUUUCGUCAACAGGUCCCUCGUGUGAAAGAAUGAAGUCCGUCAUAGUGGUGGUGUGCUUCACCGUAGCCCUCCUUCCACUUGCUGUCCACUGCAGGUCGGUUCUCAGCCGAAGUCGUCGAAGUGGGAUCUCGGACCAGCGCUUGGCCGAACUGGAAACACUGGCAGGACUAAAGUCGCUGCGCCAUCGGCUCAAGGGCAUCACCUUCCCUGUUGCUUUUGGGCUCAUUGACCCAAACAAGAUUGGUAAAAGGAAGCGAUCCUUCGAGUCCUUGGAAGACCUACAGCGGUCCGCUGAAGACCAGAGGACCGACGAAGGCGUGGACGACAUCUUCACGGGUCUUCCAGCCACUGUUGGGCGAAUGCGUCGCUCUUCCGAUCUUAUGCAUACGAGAUAAGACGUCAAAGACAGUGUCAAUUCUCGCUUCACAACAUGUACGCAACGACAGGAUCUCCUCCCUUCCGUGUCCGACGCAUGACUCUCUAGGUUAGGGCUAUUUAUUUCAAGUUUUUAAACUGAUCGGCUUGUACAUAACGACAGAGACAUGCGUCGGGGCCCUAAUGUAAUUUAUUUUGUAGUAUAUAAUUGUUUGUCCGUGCAAUAAAAAUGUAAAACGAAUGUACGUCGUUCGUUCAACGAGA